AAUGUGUGUAAGAGAGAGGGAGAAAGUGUGAUAAUUAUCAGUAACGUGAGCCGGGAUUAAUUGAUCAGCUCAGCAGUAGUGGUGAUGGCGCCCACGGUGACUCGCCGCAGCGGCUUUCCUCAUACUAGGAAGGACAAAGAGAUUCUGAAGCGGAAGCACAAGGAAGAUGGAGGAGGAAACAUAGUAGGCAUAGUGGAGCCUUGGACACCCAGUUCAUACACAGCUCUCAAAGCUCUGCUCUCAGCUCGACUCUGUGCUGCCAUAUGGGCUCUCAUUAAUGACUGUGAUGAAACAUACAAUUAUUGGGAACCAACACAUUAUUUGUUGUUUGGAAAAGGAUUCCAGACAUGGGAAUAUGCUCCCCAGUAUGCCCUCCGCUCCUACACAUACCUUCUCAUCCAUGCAGUACCUGGGUGGAUAUAUUCCAGUCUGUUACAAUCAAACCGUAUGCUUGUAUUCUUCUUUAUACGAUGCAUGUUGGCUUUGGGCUGCUCAAGCUGUGAACUCUACUUCUACAGAGGAAUAUGCAAGGAGUUUGGAGCAAAUGUUGGCAGACUGACACUGGGCAUCUUGGUAUUCUCUGCUGGCAUGUUUAUAUCCUCCACUGCAUAUCUUCCUUCCAGUUUUGCUAUGUAUAUGACAUUAAUGUCUAUGGGAGCUUGGUAUCAUCAAUCAUAUGAGCUUGCCAUCUUUACUACAGCAGUCUCCACUUUUCUAGGCUGGCCCUUUGCUGGUGCACUUGGGUAAGUUUUUUCGUAUGUGCUUGUAAGUAGAAGUAGCAAGAUGUACCUGAAAUUUUGCAUAAUGUGUGAUGUCACCGUGGUUGUACCCAUGGUUCAGAUUGAUUCCCAGUACUUUGGAUGUCUAGUAAUUGCUCCAGUCAAUAUUGUGAUGUACAACAUUUUUACUUCACAUGGACCAGAUUUGUAUGGCACAGAGCCAUGGACUUUCUAUAUCUUCAAUGGUUUUCUCAACUUCAAUAUCAUAUUUUUAGCAGCAUUAGCUUCACUCCCUGUUUAUGGUAUUGUGCAGUAUGUGGUGCAACUACCAAAGAAGAGCAAUGUCUAUCUUCCUUUGUGGUUGAGUUUGUCUCCCAUGUAUCUUUGGUUGGCCAUUUUCAUGUUACAACCACACAAGGAGGAGCGUUUCCUCUUCCCUGUGUAUCCUCUCUUCUGUCUUGCUGGAGCUGUUACUGUUGAUUGCUGUCAGAAGCUGUUGUCACUACUUUUGACUGUAAAACGACAACAUUAUUUGAACCACACCAACUGGUUUGCCCUCGCUUUUGUCAUUAGCACCUCCAUACUUGGUGUUUCACGCAUCAUUGGGCAAUACAGAGCUUAUCAUGCACCCUUAGAAAUCUUCAUGGAGUUGAACCGCUUGGCAGUUGAGGAAAGUUUUCCAUCAGACCGACCAAUUAACAUCUGCCUGGGAAAGGAAUGGCAUAGAUUCCCUUCAUCCUUUUUUCUUCCUGGCUUAAAUUGGAACCUUCAGUUUGUUCAAAGUGAAUUCAGAGGCCAGUUACCAAAACCCUUUUCUCCAGAAGCUAACGGGACUAGCAUUAUACCAGAUAAAAUGAAUGAUGCAAAUAUUGAGGAAAAAUCUAGAUAUGUAUUGCUGAGCACCUGCCAUUUUCUGAUAGACUUGGACAGAGAGGAGGAAACAGCACGGGAGCCUCGUUACUCAAAACACGCCUCCGAGUGGACCAUAUUACACACAGUACCUUUCAUGGAUGCUGCCAGGUCCCACAGAUUACUCCGGGCUUUCUAUGUUCCAUUCCUGACUGAACAACACUGCACUUACAUUAAUUACACACUUAUGCAAUCCACAAAAUGGAAACCAAAGAGUAGAUAUUCUGGGCAUUUAUAGUAAUGAUAUGGUUUAGAAUGUAUUUAUUAUUAUGAUUAAAUGAGAAAAUGUUGUAAAUAAAUUAAACUAAGGAAACUAGCUUAGUUUAUCAUGCUUUAAUGAGUGCAGCUGAAUCUGUUGGUUAAUUGUAAAUUAACCUACAAAAUUGUGAAAAAAGUUGCCAACUUUUCCUUAAUUCAUUGCUUUCCAUCUAUGCAUUUUUUUAAAUAAUCUACAAAAUAUUUCUAGAUAAAAAUGUUAUAUAAAAUGUCUUUAUUUUUCUAUUAGUUCAUGCUAGAUUUUUUCCUCACCUUAUAAAUAUUAGAUGUUUCAUUCACAAACUUUGGAGGGAUGGGGAAGAUGAUUGUAUACUACAUUUAAAGUUGUACAUAACCCAGUAAUUAUAUAUCUAUCAAGUCUCUUGAUCAAAGUGUACAAAUGCAGUGCUUUUACUGGCAAAUGUACUAGGUUUAUAAAAGGUACUCACAAUCUUAUUUUGUAAUUUUAAAACAACAAGUUUUCAGUUUAGCACUGAAUGCCCUAUGCCAUUUUCAUGUUUUUGGCUAAGGUUACCAACUACUACUUGGUGGAAUUUGGGUAUUAGAUUACAUUUUACAUUACUGAAUUAUACACUGUAUGUACUGCACAGAAUUAGUAUGUCUUGUGCAAAUUGUUAUUUUGAGAGAUCUUAGCAAAAAUAGUUUGGUAAAUUAAUUUUGGUUUCACAGCAUGUCUUGGUAAUCAAUGCCCCACAUCAGUGAGUUUUGUUUGGUUUGGUAACUUUUUUUUUUUUUUUAUCAUUUGCACAACAAAGUAUAAUUUCAACUGCAGAACCAACUUAAUAUUUGCAGUUCAAAUUAUAAUUACUGGCUGGAAUAGGUCGAGCAGCAGUCAUAAACAAUUAUUACGUUUUACAUGACUAAUAAUGAUGAUAACAAUAACAACAAUAACAGAAUUUGAAUUAUAUACAUACUAAGUUAUGUAUUUUUACAAAAUACAAACAUGAACUCUACCAGAUUUAGAAAAAAUGGUUAAUCAUAGGAAUGCAUUCAUCCCCAUCACUAGAUGUUUUUAAACACCAUGGCCUAAUAUAUUUAAAUAUUAUGUAGAACUAUAAAUAAACAAAAAAUGUUAGUAAAUAAUGUCAGUGUUCAUAGAUCAGUUUCACACUUUAAUGAAGAGGCUUGGCAAUAGAAAUCACAUACAGUGGUACCUCAGGAUACAAACAGCUCAAAACACGAACAGUUAUGUAAGUGCUUUUGUGAGUGUAUUUUUGGGGGUCUGAAACAGAUUAACUUGCAUUAUUUCUUAUGGGAACAAAUUCGUUCGGUAUCAGCACUCAAACAGCCUUCUGGAACGAAAUAAGUUUGUAUCCCGAGGUACCACUGUACUUUUACAAGAUUAUAUACUUGUACUUAAAAAGAAAAAUUAUAUAACUUUUGUUUUUUGUUCCCUAGAUUUUCCAUACAGUAUUUGAAAAUGGUUCCAGCUGAUAAUUUUUUUUUUUUAAUUGUCCUGGCUAAAUACUCUUGUUGUAAUUAUCUGCCAUUUCUGAAAAAUCUUCAGGCAGUAAAUUAUCAUCAUGGGAAAGCACUGAACAUGUAGGGUCAUAUAGCACCUGGAGUGUGAGAGGCAAUCAGGUUUGAUCUGAGAAAGGAAGGGGUACCUCCAGUUUGAUCCAGAGGCCUUCAGCAACAUCAAGGCACCCUCUUCCCUGUCAAAUGUAAAAACCUUUUCCAAAAAUCCCACCUUUUGCUGUAGACUAACUUAUUGCACAAACUAUGUUGUUAAUUUAUCACCUUCACUAACCCUUACAACCUUGACCACCUCUACUCUGUCUAUUCCAUAUAGGUUUGACACUUGUUUUUAAUAUGCAGUAAUAAUAAUUUACCCACAUGAACUCACAAAAUAUUGUUGCCAUGCAACAGCUUUUUGUGUGAAAUUAAUAAUGCUUGUUCAUGCAGCAAUCAGUCUAACUCACUGAUUUCUUAUGAGCAGAUUUUAGCAUGCGGAAAAACAAAACUCAAAAGGUUGUGACACAAUACAAUUCUGUGUAGGUAAGAAAAAUUGAAUCUGGAACCGAAAUGCAAUUACAAAACAUGACAUUGAAAAUGACCAACUGAAAAAUAUAAACUUCAUGCAACCAUCCUGGGUUCUUUUUUACCAUUUUUUGCUUUAUAUGUAACAGUGACAGCAGCACAAGAUAAAAACUUAAUUUACAUUUAGUUAGUGGCAGAUUUAAGUGUUGUCUUAUUUUCUUUAGUCACAUGUCUUCUUGACUUGUGUGAUGAAAAGAGUAGAGCUGGGCUCUUAAUAAUAAUGUUUGACUUGAAGAUGCAACAUGUAAUAUGCAUGCAGUAAAUGCACAAUACCACAAGAACUCUUGAUCCAAGGAAUUAGAGUUAGUAGGUUCUAAGUUUACCAGUUUAGUAGCACAGCAUACAUAACUUUCAGCUGCAGAUAUAAGGGCAGGAUGUAGUGCAUAUUAAUAUCAGCCACACAAGCUUAACCCUUUAACUGUCAAACUGUAGAUUUAUGCAUUACUGCUAGCCCUCCAGACAUGGCUCAUUGCACUAUUUCUCCUGCAUUCAAAUUUAGCACCAGAGGCCUGAUAGGCCUAGGCAGUAUAGAAAAGUAUUAAAGUCAGGGACCACUUAAUACCUAGUGGGAGCACCAGUUCAAUCAGCCACCAGCUAGAGGAAACAGCAUGACAAACCCUUGGUAAUCACUAAUGUCAUGUUGUAUUAAUGCUUUCGUUUUAGGAGUAAAUUGAUGUUGACCCCAAGUUUAUUAGCUUUGAGAUGUAUGUGGCCACAUCAAUGCACAAGUGUUUGGAAUAAAGUGAAUAGAAUUCUUGGCUUCAUAUUAAGAAGUAUAAAUAACAGGAGUCCUCAGGUUAUUCUUCAGCUCUGUAUAUCGUUAGUUAGGUCUUAUUUAGAUUGUGUUGCACAGUUCUGCUCACCAUAUUUUAGAAUGGACAUAAUUGUUCUGGAAAAUAUACAGAAAAGAAUGACAAAUUUUAUCCCACGUAUCAGAAAUCUUUUCUACGAGGAUAGACCAGGAGCACUGAAUCUGCAUUCUCUAGAAUGGCACAGAAUUAGGGAGAAUAUAAUUAAUGUGUAUAAAUGGAAAACAAGAAUAAAUAAAGGGAAUGUAAAUAACAUGCUAAAAAUACCUAACCAAGACAGGACUUGCAACGAUGGGUUAGAGUUCGAAAAAAAUUAGAUUUAGGAAGAAUAUAAUAUAUUUUUUGGGUCACCCUGCCUCGGUGGGAGACGGCCGACUUGUUGAAAAAAAAAAAAAAACACUGGUUUGAUAAUAGUUGUGGAUGAGUGGAACAAACUCCCAAACAGCUUCACUGAAGUGAAAACCUUGUGUAAUUUUAAAAAUAAGUUAGUGGGUGUGAGUUAAGACUUGCCUAUGAUGGGCCAGAAGGCCUGCAGUACUACUAUUUUUUUAUGCUCUUAUACUGUACCACUAUGAAAUAUACUGCUUACAUUAUAGUGAUAAAUAAAUGACCCACUUAGCAUAAAUUUAUUAAAGCUAAGACAGUGCUGUAUGACCCUUAUGAUUUUUGUGCUUAGUUAUGAUUAUAAUUAUAAUAAUAAACCUAAGGUAAUGAAACCUAACACAACCAAUUUUAACCUACUAGGAUGUAUAAUAAAUAUAUAUUUUAAUUUACAGAGAGAGAGAGAGAGAGAGAGACAUAAUAAAACAAAAGUUAAUUACAGUAUAUUUACAUUACAAAUAUACUCAAUUACUGUAUCACAUAUUUUUUAUACAAUAUUUAUAAAAAAAAAGGUGUACAGUUUGUCAGUUAUAAUGUAUCAAUAAAUAUUUUUAUGCAUUUACACACCUCUUCAAGGGGGCUUCUUGGCACAUUGAAGAGGCUCUUGAUCUGAAGAAUUAGACCUUUCAGUCUCCUUCCUCAGACCGAACCUAAUUACCCCCAAUCCCCCCCUUCCCCACCCCAUCCUCCCAAGCCCCCCUUUCCCUUUCCUCCUCUUCCCAUCCCUCCCCUAUCCCCUUGUUGUUUUCAGCCUUUGGGAUUCUUCCCACAGGCUGGGGAAGGGUACCGUGAUCCAUCCCAUUCUGUUGAGGUCCGUGGUGGUGGAGUAGUUUGCCAUGGAAUCUAGAUCACUUGGGGAUGUCACACUUCCUCUCCGGUUUCCCAGGGGUUGGCUUUGGGUGUCUUUCAGGUGACGGGUGUACCUCUGGAAGCUGCCUUUUGGAUUACGGAGGGUGGUGGCCAAAGGAGGAAUGCUUUGUGGCAGGUAUCCGGCCGCCCUCUCUUUUGUCCACCGAGGUGGCUCGGUAGAUGUGAGGUUGCUAUCCCAGAUUGCUGGUUUACUGACAUGAAGGGUAGGGUAUGGCACAGGUUUCAUGCUGCAUCUGCACUACUUGCGAUGCUGGGGUCCUCUUGGACACGGAGGGGGAUUUACUGCCCUUUCAUUCCUUCUAGGAGCUAUCCCUCCACAUUCCACCCCCCUUUUUUUUUCUAAAAAAAACAAUAAGGUAGGGUUGGAACAAGGUGUGGUAGCCUUGUUCCGACCCUACCUCAUUAUUUAACCACUCUUUGGAUAUUUCUGAUGCCCCUGUACCUCCUGCUGGUGCCAUUUCAUCACCCGCUCCAGGUACUGGGGUUCUGCCUAACUCUUUUUGAUACAUCUGACCUCUGCUCUUCGUUGACCAUGCUUCCGGCUUCUUCCUCUACGGUGCAGCAAUUUUUGAAUCGCCUGCCCAUCCCACGUCAGGCCAACUCUGGUCCCACACCUAAAUGCCCAAGACCGUUACAUGAUGAUACUCCUUCGCUUCCUUCUCAUUCUGCCCAGAAAAGACCAGCACGACACUCACUCCCCUUACGCUCUGUUUCAAAAUACACAAUGGACUAAGCUUAUUUACUCUGCGGCUGACUUCUCCUGCCUAUCUUUCCGAUUAUAGCAUUAGCAAGGUGUUCCUACGCAAUGUUGGUUGGGAGAUAUCCUUUUGUGCUCUCGAGAGCGGUGCAUGCAUCGUCACGGUACAGAGUGCUAGCCUUACAACCAUAGAUUCUAUUCCUGUAACUACUGAAAAACAUCAUUCUCUCAAUUCCUGUAGUGGUACUGUCAUUCUACCUCAUACCAUUCUCCAACAGAAUUUCCAGACGUGGUGACAUUUUGAAGCAGCUUGAACUCCAAGACCCCCCAAUCUUCAAAGUAGACACUUGUAUCCUCCCUCCCCACAGGCAGAGAUGAUACCCUUGCAAUGUAGCUCGCUUAACUUUUGACUACCGUGAGCUUCUGUCCUUGGUUUAUAUUGCAGGACACCAUUUACAAGUUUGAAAGGUGAUCACUACACAGCAACAGUGUAGAAAUUGCUGGCAUUUUGGUCAUCCAGCAAAAUAUUGUAGGUCCAUGGCCUAAUGCCCAGUCUGUGGUGCUGACGAUAAUACCAAUACAGCUUGUAGUCCACCUCCCUCUUGCCUUAACUGUCAUGAGGCUCACCCAACUUAUUCUCGCCGUUGCUAAGUUUACUUAAAUGAGCGAGAAAUCUAUUGUCUCAAAGAGGCAGAAGGCUUUCCUUAUACUAUGGCAGUCUCUCACCUACAACUCCAGGGAAGACUGCCCCGUAUUUCUUAUUCUCGAGUUACUAAACGACCCCCCACCUCUGAAGUCCCAACUUCCGCAGCCUCCUCUGUGGUCACCCCUUCCACAAUCACCACUGUCUCUAAUUCUUUUGCAGUCCUAGACUCAGAGGUCCCUACCUCACCACCUCAUUCUGUUCUUGCCUCAUCUCUUCUCUCAAGUUUGUGUGUCUACAAGACCUUGUACAACAACUCCUCCCCAUCACCCCUCUACUUCUCCAAAGUUCAAAAAAUCCACAUUGUUAAAAAAUCCUUUAACCCAUCCUUCCCUUCUUCUGCCUGGAUAUUUAUCCUUUCCAGUCUCUCUACCUGGUUCUUUACCUCUUCCUAGCUCUGUUAUGAGUGUGAAGGUUCAUCGUCCUCCUUGUACAGUACCUUCCUCCCCUGUCCCCUCCCAAGUUUCUUCUCCAGUUCCCUCUAACCUUUCAUUCACCCCCCCUUACUUUAGUAAAUUCCAUCAUCACCCAGAUCUUUACUCAUCCUCCUCCUUCCAUUUCCAAUAUCGUGCCACAUACAACGUUCUUGUCCUCUGAAACACUUGAAGCUAUCUCUGAAUAUAUUGAGGAAACUAGACCAUUGAUGGACACUGAUCCACCUCCUGUCCCUCCUCUUCACUCUUCUCCAUCUGCACAACCCCUUUCUUCACAGUAUCCCAAUCCUUCGCUGCUUGUGCGUCUUCCGCUGCCUCCACGUGUACUUUUCUAAUCCUUCUAGUCCAUAGAUACCGUUGCCUUCAGAUUUCUUGUACCUUUCUCUUUGCAAACCAUUGCUUAUUUGCAGUGGAAUAUCUGUGGCCUCAGAGGUAACUGGGGUGAGCUUCAAGUUUUGCUCUCCCAGUUUUCCCAUUUGUGUUUGUUUACAAGAACCCAAAUUAUGCUCUGCAGUUAUCCAUCCCAUUUCAGGCUGUUUUAUUAUAUUCAUCAGAUCCUUUUCCCGAUGGAACCUUUAAUGAAAGUGCAUUUCUUUUAUGCACCAGUAUUCCAUACCAUCAGCUCUUUGUUCAUACUUCGCUGCAUUACACUGCAGCCUGCAUCCACUUGAAUAAGGGGUAUACAAUCUUCUGUUCUUUGUAUCUAGCAAACCCUUUUGACGUUGCCACCGAAAUUGGUAAUCAUCUUGUCCGUAUCUAUCAUGGGCUCCACCUAUGCCCCUCGUUUCUUUCCUCCAAGUCUGCCAGAAAGUUAGAGCCCUUAAACUUUUCUUCUGUCAGAGAAGAAUCUUAUAAUGUGCCUUUUACACUUCUGGAAUGAGAGGCAGCAUUCUCCGAUUGCCGAUCAUCAGCAGCAGGGCCUGACAGCAUUCAUAUUCUUAUGUUACAGCAUUUAUAUCAGUCAGCCCUUUCUGUCCUCUUACAACUCUCUUAUCUUAUUUGGUUGCAAGGAGUUCUUCCCCAGCUGUGGAAAUCUGCUAUUAUUCUCCCUUUCUGCAAACCAAUUACUAAGGGACAUGAUGCCUCCCACUAUCGUCCCAUUGCUCUUACCAGUGCAGUUUGCAGGGUGAUGGAAUGUCUGGUAAAUAGACAUUUGAUGUGGUAUUUAGAGAGACAAUAGCCUCUCCACUAGUCAAUAUGGCUUUCGUAAGGGCCGUUCUACUCUUGACCCCUUUCUUCGCUUGGAUAUGUAUGUUCGUAAUGCCUUCGCCAACUAACCACUCGGUUAUCGCCAUCUUUUUUGACCUUGAGAAGGUAUAUGACACAACUUGGAGAUAUAACAUCUUGGCCCAGGCCCACUCUUUAGGCCUCCAAGGAAAUCUAAUAUUUUUCCUUAAGAACUUCUUAACUAAGAGACAUUUCCAUGUUCGAGUUAAUGAUGUGCUUUCCCCUGACUUUGUCCAAGCUGAAGAUGUCCCCCAGGGAUGUGUUCUGAGCACCAAACUUUUUCUCCUUGCUAUAAAUGAUCUGGUAUCUAUUCUUCCAUCUAAUAUUUGGUCAUCACUCUAUUAUUAUUAUUAUUAUUAUUAUUAUUAUUAUUAUUAUUAUUAUUAUUAUUAUUAUUAUUAUUAUAAUCAUGGGGAAGUGCUAAACCCAUAGAAUUAUACUUAUACAACACACCUGGAGAGGGGAUGGAAGGUAUUCUGGCUCAAUUCAGGAAAACAGCACAGAUCCAAAUUACUUUCACUAGAUAUUCUGUCGUCUCUGAUAAUCCAUUGUACCUAUAUGGAUUUGCAUCUCCCAGAACGUGAUAUGAUCAGGUUUCUCGGUCUUCUGUCUGACCGUCGGUUAUUCUGGAAACCUCGCAUUACCUCUCUGAAAGCAACUGUCAUAGCCAGCUGUACCUCCUUAAAACCCUUGCUCAUCUUUCACGGGAGGCUAAUCGUAGAACUCUCCUUCGAAUACAUUCAGCCCUAAUUUUAUCAAAACUCAAUUAUGGCGACCGGAUAUAUUCAGCGGCCUCUCCUGCAACUCUUUCUGGCCGUGAUCCCAUCCAUCAUAAGGGAUUAGGUUUAUGCUUCGGUGCUUUUCGCUCUUCACCAGUUGAAAGCCUCUGUAGAGGCGAAUAUUCCAUCCUACACCGAUCGCCAUGAUGCUCAUUGCCUUCGCUAUUAUGUUCACUCUCAUGACCUCUGCAAUCCUUCCAUAUACAGUGGACCCCGGAGUUUUGGCGGCAUCAACUUUCAUGAAAUCAGACUUUCGGCAAGUUUUUUUUGGCAAAAUUUGGCCUUGCGUUUCGUGAUUCGGCAGCCGUCCGGUACCCGUCCACCUGUCACUGCGCACAUAAAGCCAGUCUCCCACGCCAUUCACGCUGAGUGUGUCAUUGUUUACCAACACGUGACCAUCACCCCACGGGUUCAUACGUAAUAACCCAUUGUUUUUUGUGAUUGCAACUGCUAAAUAAGUCACCAUGGGCCCAAGGAAAGCUAGUGCAAGCCCUUUGGUAAAGAAAGUGAGGAACACGAUCGAAUUCAAGAAGGAAAUCAUUGAAAAAUAUGAGAGUGGAGUGCGUGUUACAGAGCUUGCUAGGAUGUAUGGCAAACCCCAUUCAACCAUCACUUCGAUCAUGGCGAAAAGAAAAGGAAAUAAAGUGUGCUGUUGUUGCAAAAGGGGUAGAUAUGCUGACAAAAAGGAGAUCACAAAUCCUCGAAGAAGUGGAGAGGUUAUUGUUGGUGUGGAUUACCGAAAAACAGCAGGAGAUAGUGUUACGCAGUCGAUAAUAUGUGAAAAGGCAAGGCAGUUGCAUGACAAUCUUGUAAAGAAAAUGACUUUGAACUCUGCUUGGAGAAAAUUGUGGCCAGAAUGUGUAGAAGAGAGGGAUUUUGAAGGGUUUGGGGCUGACCCUAAGAAGCCUAUGCCAGUUGUGGAAUUUAUUGUGGCAUUGGGGAUGUCCCUGGAGUUGGAGGCGAGUGGUGAGGAUGUGGAAGAGUUGGUGGAGGACCACAGGGAAGAGCUAACCACUGAAGAGCUGCAAGAGCUUCAUCUGCAACAGCAAGAGAUCACAGCUCAGGAAACUGCUGCAGAGGAGGAGGAAGUGAGAUGGAGGAAGGUGCCUUCUUCAAAGAUUAAGGACAUUUGUGCAAAGUGGACUGAAGUGCAAACAUUUAUGGAUGAACUUCACCCUAACAAAGCUCUUGCAGGCCGUAUUGGCAUCAUGUACAAUGACAGUGUUGUGUCCCACUUCAGACAAAUCUUAAAGAAAUGCCAGAAACAGAGCUCUCUGGACAGAUAUUUUGUGCAACAGGGUUCCAGUGACUCAAGUUGUUCCCAGUGCCAGUGUCUUUAAAAAACAAAGAAGGGAAGUAACCCCAGAUAAGGACUUCAUACCUGAAGUCCUAAUGGAAGGAGAUUCUCCUUCCCAACAAUAGUGUACACCUUCCUCCUAUCCCCUCCCAUCUUCCAUCCACCCAGAAGUCUUCAGUAAAGGUAAGUGUAAUAUUAUUAUUUUUUAUAUGCAUGUACUUGAUUUCUCAUUGUUUUCAGUAGGUAAAUCUUUAUUUAAUUUGAAAAAAAAAAAAUUAUUUUAAUAUUUUUGGGUGUCUGGAAUGGAUUAAUUUUAUUUCCAUUAUUUCUUAUGGGGAAAAUGGUUUCGCCAUUCGGCAAUUUCGACUUUCAGCAGGCUCUCUGGAACGGAUUAAUCACAAAACUUGGGGGUCCACUGUAUAGGAUAGUCACUGAUGUUAGCAGACAUUCUUUAUUUGUUCAUCACCCGUUUACUCCAUCCCUUUUUUCUUCGCCUACAUUCGCUCUUGUCUUCUCUUCAGUUACCACCUUUCUAUGUUCAUGUAGCAUCUAACUUUUCCCUACCCUCUUGAGAAAUUCCAACUGUUCAUGUCUGUUCUUUCCCACUGCCAUCCACGAAAGCCCAACUGCCUAUGGUGGCUUCUCGCUCUCUUUUUCUUAACCACUUCCAAACUCAUUCCAAGUCUUCCGAUAGCAUCAGAUUCGCAGCAGUGUUCCCGGACAGCGUCGUGCGAGGGCAUUUAUUAUCCUCGGCUAGCAUUUUUACGGCUGAAUUGUAUUCCAUUCUCAUAGCAUUUAUCCAUAUUGCAUCUAUGCCUGUGCAUCUAUUUGUGGUCGUUUCAGACUCCAUUAGUGCUUUAUAGGCUAUACGAAAAUUUUAUAUGCCUCAUCCCCUGGUUCUUCGUAUCCAGCUUUGGUUAGACCAUAUCUCUAGCAAGCAUAAAGAUGCUUUUUGUUGGGUCCACGGUCAUGUUGGCAUACUGGGCAAUGAACAGGCAGACACUGCUGUGCGGUCAGCUGUACAUGACCUCCCAGUUUCAUAUCAAGGUGUUCCAUGCGCAGACUAUUUUGCUGUAAUUGCUAACCACCUUCACACCCGUUGGCAACAACAUUUGUCUGAUCUGCUACGUAACAAAUUGCAUUCUGUGAAACCAAGUACAUGUAUAGGUUCUGGCCAUUAUCUUGUCAUCAAUAUCGAGGUUGGGAGACUACUCUCUCCCAUCUUCGCAUCAGCCAUUCUCGUCUUACUCACGAGUAUCUCAUGGAGAGGUGCCCUGUUCCACUCUGUGAGAAUUGUCAGGUUCCAGUUUCUGUUAGCCAUAUUCUGUUAGACUGCCCAUUGUGUCAUCGAACAUGCAGAAUUUACCUCCAAUGUUGUCACCGCUCUACUGCCCUUACUUUAUCUUCCCUUCUUGCUGAUGGACCCUUCUUUAACCCAGACUCUCUUGUUGACUUUUUGACAGCAACUGACUUACUGCACAAACUCUUAUGAUGAUGCCUCUAGCACUCCUCACAGCCCUUUCUACCUCAAUCUCUUGCUACCCUCUACCCCUGCACUAUCCCCUGUACUGCAUGACCUAAUAAUCCCUUUCCCUCUUGCUACCAAAUUCCCUUGCACCCUUCCCUGCCCUGCUGCUCUGUAUGACCCUUGUAGGUUUAGCACUUCUUUUUGAUGAUGAUAAUAAUAUGCAUUUACAAAUUAAUCAUAGAAUUGAUGAGGGAAAAAAGGUGAGUGGUGCGUUGAGGUAUAUGUGGAGUCAAAAAACAUUAUCUAUGGAGGCAAAGAAGGGAAUGUAUGAAAGUAUAGUAGUACCAACACUCUUAUAUGGAUGUGAAGCUUGGGUGGUAAAUGCAGCAGCGAGGAGAUGGUUGGAGGCAGUGGAGAUGUCCUGUCUAAGGGCAGUGUGUGGUGUAAAUAUUAUGCAGAAAAUUCGGAGUGUGAAAAUUAGGAGAAGGUGUGGAGUUAAUAAAAGCAUUAGUCAGAGGGCAGAAGAGGGGUUGUUGAGGUGGUUUGGUCAUUUAGAGAGAAUGGAUCAAAGUAGAAUGACAUGGAAAGCAUAUAAAUCUAUAGGGGAAGGAAGGAGGGGUAGGGGUCGUCCUCGAAAGGGUUGGAAAGAGGGGGUAAAGGAGGUUUUGUGGGCAAGGGGGCUUGGACUUCCAGCAAGCGUGCAUGAGCGUGUUAGAUAGGAGUGAAUGGAGACAAAUGAUACUUGGGACCUGACGAUCUGUUGGAGUGUGAGCAGGGUAAUAUUUAGUGAAGGGAUUCAGGGAAACCGGUUAUUUUCAUAUAGUCGGACUUGAGUCCUGGAAAUGGGAAGUACAAUGCCUGCACUUUAAAGGAGGGGUUUGGGAUAUUGGCAGUUUGGAGGGAUAUGUUGUGUAUCUUUAUAUGUAUAUGCUUCUAAACUGUUGUAUUCUGAGCACCUCUGCAAAAGCAGUGAUAAUGUGUGAGUGUGGUGAAAGUGUUGAAUGAUGAUGAAAGUACAUUUUCUUUUUGGGGAUUUUCUUUCUUUUUUGGGUCACCCUGCCUCGGUGGGAGACGGCCGACUUGUUGAAAAAAAAAAAAAAAUUUACAAAUUAUUCAAAUGUUCCUUUUCUUGGAAGGAUUACAUAUACAGUGGACCCCUGGUUAACGAUAUUUUUUCACUCCAUAAGUAUGUUCAGGUGCCAGUACUGACCGAAUUUAUUCCCAUAAGGAAUAUUGUGAAGUAGAUUAGUCCAUUUCAGACCCCCAAACAUACACGUACAAACGCACUUACAUAAAUACACUUACAUAAUUGUUCGCAUUCGGAGGUAAUCGUUAUGCGGGGGUCCACUGUACAUGUAACUAUAUCAUUGUUUAUUUCCUAUAUUGAUAGCUGCCACACUGGAUAUACAGUUGUUUUUCAUCUUGUAGCACUGAAUGAUUCUCAUAGAGAUGGAGCCUUUUUUUUUUCUAACCUAAUAGUAAAAAUAUUCUCUUUAAUCAAAGAAUGCAUUAGCAUCUAUUUAUCUGAAAGAAACCAGGAACAUUCACUAUUAGUAUUUCAGUUACAGCAUCAUUCACCAUGGUUUGACAAGCAUUAGUAAAGUUGUAGGGAUGGUUGGACUAUCAACCACUGGUGAAUCAUUUCUUUAAGAAUAUCAAAAUUAGAUAUAUCACUGCAUUUUAAAAUAUAAAAAAAAAAACAGAAACACUGCACUGGUGAAUCAUUCCUUUAAGAAUAUCAAAAUUACAUAUGUAUAUCACUGCAUUUUAAAAUAUAAAAAAAAACAGAAACACUGCAAUAGGCUUGACUUGCACCAAGGCACUCUUCUUACCCCUUCAAGGAGAGUGCCUUGAUGUAAGUUAUCUGAAGAGUUGGGGGGCUACCCUCCCCUUCCUUGGGUCAAACCUGAUUUCCUCCCAUUCUCCAUGCACUGUUUACAGUAUAUGACUACUAUAUGUUUAGUGAUUUCUCCAGGACUUGAGUCCUGGAGCAAUCACAGUGCCUUCACUCUGAAGGAGAGGUGGGGAUAUUUACAAUAUGGAGGGGUAUCUGUUCUAUAGUAUCGGCACUCCUCUGGCCAGACAGUGAUGAACUGAGAGAUGGUGAAAGUUGCCCUACCCUGGUGGGAGAUGGCCAGUGUGUUAAAAUAAAAAAUAAUAAUAAUAAUGGUCCUAUUCCACUAUCCAUUUUUGUUAACCUGUACUGAAUGUGUGUGUGCAUGCAUGCACUGCUCAAUAAUGUACAUGUAUAUGUAUAUAUUUUUAAAACAAAUAUCUUCUUAUUCUAAGCUAA